UGGCCCUCACCAAGCACACUCUCAGUCGCUCCGACUCGGGAACCAGGGCAUCAGCGGAGAUAGCAAGGUUUAACUUCCCUCUUAGGCUAACUCGCUUUGGGCUUUGGUUCAGGAUGGACAACUCUUCUAUUUCUCGGAGCCGACGAUGCUCCUUCAUGCGCAACUGCAAAAGCGGUCUCUCCCUCUGGUUGGUGGUGUGGCUGGUCCUCGGCAAGCCAAGUCCGGCGUCAGCGUGUCCGCAGAACUGCGUGUGCUACCCGACGCCCAUGACUGUGAGCUGCCAGGCGCAGAACUUCACCGCCGUCCCUGUCGGAGUACCGUAUGAGUCGCAGCGCGUGUUCCUCCAGAACAACCGGAUCACGGAGCUUAGAGUUGGCUCUUUUGGCUUUGGAACUCAGGUUCUGUGGCUGUUCUCCAACAACAUCACAUGGAUUGAGGCAGGGGCUUUCAGUGAGCUGAGGGACUUGGAGGAGUUGGACCUGGGGGACAACCCUAACCUCCACAGGCUGGAAGGAGGAGCUUUCCGCGGCCUUGAGAAGCUCCAGAGCCUCCACAUGCACCGCUGCCGGCUCACUGCCCUGCCCCAUGACAUCUUCCACAAGCUAUACAGCCUGCAUUUCCUCUAUCUGCAGGAGAAUAAUCUCCACUUUCUGCAGGAUGACAUCUUUUCUGACCUCAUCAACCUGAGCCAGCUGUUCCUGCAUGGCAACCGUAUCCGCACCCUCUCAGAAAAUGUGUUCCGUGGUUUGGUCAACCUUGAUCGACUCCUCCUCCACGACAAUCGCAUCAGGCAGGUGAACCGCCGCGCCUUCCGCGACCUUGGCCGCCUGACCAUGCUCUUCCUCUUCAACAACUCCCUGGCUGAGCUGCCCAGCCAGACCCUGAGGGACACCCAGGGUAUUGAAUUCCUCCGGCUCAACGCCAACCCUUGGUCCUGUGGUUGUGAGGCCCGUGCCCUGUGGGAGUGGUUCCGUGAGGCCCGUGUCUCUUCAUCUGAGGUGAUCUGUGCCUCUCCUUCCACUCGCCGUGGUCAGGACCUCCGCUUCCUUCGUGAGAUGGACUUCGCUCUCUGCCCCCUGCCUGAUCCUGGCUCCAUCGCUGGUUCCACCACUACUACCUUUAGCACCAAAACCCGCUGGUGGUUUCACAAGAACAAGCCACAAUCCUCCACUAAAGGUGUGUUUGAAAAGGCCUCAGAGACUGUCAAAGCUGGUUUGUAUGGGAAAGGCCCAUCCACAACCACUUCAGUAGUCAAGUACGAACUGGGGGAGGAAGAGUUGGCACUGCCCAAACUUGACCCAGAAGAGUACUGGGAAAACUAUGGCAAUGAAGACUCAGGUGUCACUGUGCGGUGCUUUGAGCUUGAAUGUCCACCUGAGUUUGAUUUGCCUCCAUCUUCCUCCUCUCCUAGAUCCACUGCACCCUCUUUCCUCACACUACUAGCCCUUUUGGUUUUCACCUUCUGCCUCAACCUCCACCAACUAUUUGGCUGAAGAAGACUCUUAGUGCCACAACUUUUCCCUUCCAGCCUGUUUUAGAGGCUGGGGGAUCCCUGUUAGACUCUCUAUACCCCCUUUGCCCACUUUGCUGUAAGCACAUUUUCAAGGAACAGCAUGGGAGAUAGGGGGAUGGCUAGAUUCUGAAUCUACCACUUAUAGGGCUUAACACUUUUCAGGGCUGCUAAAAGUUCUUCAGCUAAGUUCACAUAUAUCUACAAUACUCUACAGGUAUGGCUUUCUGUGUCUUACCUGUAUGAUGUCAUGUUACGAUUCCCUGCAAUCAGGGCUAUGAGGGCUGAGUCCAUCUCAAAUAUGAACGCAAUUUGAUAGCACUUGUGAAUGAUGAUGUUGUCGGUUUUGUCACCUCAACUUAGUCAAUAAUCUUCGCUCUUUUAGUGCAUCCAUUUAACUGGUUGCAACAAAUACAAUUACUGUUUGAAUCAGUGCACAGUAAUUUUAAUACUGUAAUCACUUAAAGUGUCAUGUAAAUAGGUAUGUAUUCUGUGAGUGUUCAGACUGACAUCUGUGGUCCAGCUAAAUCACUUUCAUCUUGAUCCAAGAAAACUGUGAAGGCUUGUGCCUCUACAUGACAGAGCACAGCGAGGGGAAGAUAGAGAAGAACAAAGCCUAAUGUGAGGAAGGGAGAGAGAGAGACAGAGAAAAGGGUGAAUGCUUAUUCUUCAACAGAAGAAUAAGUGGUGGAAAGCAAAGUAACAGAGAGAAAAGAGGGGUUUCUUUCUUUUUGGAAAGGGAGGGGGGAGUGUUUAUGCAGCAAUAAGGAAUGAGAAAGUGAACAGUGAGACUAAGUGAAGGACAGUGCUGGCAGUAGAAGCAGCAACCUGCAGGAGAUUAGUAAUAAAUCUUGCCGUUAGUUGUUGUACUACCUAUUUGACUCAUGCCAUCCACCAUUUUCUGUAAAUAUGGUGUUGUUUUGCGACAACCACAUGGAUAGAAUGCUUCCUGUCAGGAAGCCAGAGAUUUUGAUUUUGAAUGUCUUUCUGUGACAUAUUAAUAUAAUGUGUGAUGAUUGUUGACUUGAAUGAUGAAGAUCUUGAUAAAAAAGAUACACUGAAUAUUUCCUGAAUCCUAUUUUUAUUAUUUGUGACAAUUUUUACAAAGUGUGUUUUAACUGAAGGGGUUGUAGGAGACUUUACAUUGGUAAAAAUCAAUUUGACCUUAAGAAAUAAUAAAAAAAAAAAUUAGAAAAGUACACACAAAAAAGGGGGCAGAUUGCCACUCUGUGACAAAGCUGUGACUAAAGGUAGACUGACCAAAUGGCGACAUGGAGUAGUUCUGGCUCUGAUCUGCAUCUGUGAGUAUAAAAGAGAAAAAAUGGAUUCGCAAGCUGGUAAUACUGCAAAAGGCAAAUACGUCAGUGGGUUUAUCACUUCUGUGACUCAUCGCUGGGCAUCACCAAAUGGACAAAUGAGUUGCAAAUUGGCUCAUUUGUAGAUGUACUAAGAGAGCAAUGAGAUAAUCUGGAAACAGAGGAAGCAGGUGAUAAAUUAAGACUGACAGAAUGAUGUGCAGACUGUUAGAGGUGGUAUUAACUGACAAAUUAGUGACCCAAAAAGUCAAAGGCAGGGAAUUAAUAAUGCUGAGGCUGCAAAAAUCUGGAAAAAGAAUGUUCUGAGCCAGCAGCGGAAGCAAAGUAAAUAAGCAGAAGGAAGAAGUCUCCAAAUAUAGGCAUCCUCUUGUUCUCAUUUUAGCAGUUUUUAACUCAUCCUCUUGAAAGUGGUCUUUCUAUAAAGCAAGCUAACCCACUGAUAAUUAAUUCUUUUUGUCCACUUUCCUCCCUCUGGUGCACAAUUUUUCUAAGACUUCAUCCGUGUCUCAAGGGCAAGGAAAGCGUUUUUUAAUAGAAGUGACUAGGGGAAGGAUGAAAUGAAGUAGGAGUGAAAGAGUGGGUGGUGAUUUCAGUGAUCAGCACGCACAUAUGGGCACACUUGCAGAUACAAUCAGAGAACCUUGCAAUAGUUUCUUUUUGGCUUGAGUUAGAAGAGAAAGAGGUACUCUUUUGAGAUUUAUUGCCAUAAUCCAAAAUGUUAGUGGGAAAUAUUCAGUGGCAUCUAAUGAAAUUUAGUUUCUUCAUGAGUCUCCUGGAGGAGGUCAAACUGCUCUUCUUCUGGUGCUCUUCUGUGGCCAUGAUAGUGAGGUCACUUUCAGACGACCAAAGUGCCAGUUAUACCAUUUCCCCCAGUUACCUUGUGCAGUUUGUCAGUCUGCAUGUUUUCUGUUUCUCUGAAAGAGAAAUAGUUACUCUGUAUCAUAGAUUCGCUCAUUUGUUAUUUAUUUUUACUGUAAAAGAAAAAAGAUGUUAUUGAAAAAUAAAUUCAUAAGAAAAGAAA